UGGCUGAACGAAUCGUGGCUCGGAGCAGCAGUGGAUGGUCAGGAGAGCUUGGCACCCCCAAUGAGUGGCAAUGCCAUUGCCCCCCAUAUUAUCUACCUUGGGUGGCUGCAGCCUCAGAGUCAGCCACCGCUCAGGCGCCGGCGCCGGCAGGUCGGAAGCUCUUCGUGGUUAGCAGAGCUCACUGAUUCCCUUGGCAACGUCGACGCAUUCAAGGGAGUGCUGCAAGACUUUAGGCAACGAGUGCACGUACUCUGGCUGCUGCUCUUCCUCCGGGGUCUCCAACGGAAGUCGACUGAGGGCGUCAGGACCCGGCUUGUACUCGAUCUUGAAGCUCCCAGUAGCAGUGCCCAACGCUGGAUCCGGGCAGCGGCCAUGAGAGGUGUCGGGCGGUCUUCUCGGAAAAGACCCACCAACGGCUUGUGAUCUGUAACCAGAAUAAAAGA